AUGACCUUCUUCAUCGGAUACACCCAGCACCACAUCGACACGCGCGAGUUCUCCGACCGUCUGGCCUUCUUCUACUCGAACCUGGGCGACGCAUCGCAGUCGCAGACGCCGUGGUACCUGGAGAUGCUGCUCGUGUUCGCCAUUGGCAAGCUGUUCUCGGGGAGCUUCGAUGUCGAAGAAAAGAGCGGGCUGCCUGGAUCGGGCAUGUUUGCGUAUGUCCAGUCGAAACUUCCGAGUCUGAGCGAGCUGUAUGGGUUGGGUAAGUUGGGCAUCGAGAUUCAUGCAUUGGCGGCGGUGUAUUUGCAGAAUGCAAACCGCAAGGAGGAGGCCUAUCUUUAUUCGGAAAAGGUGCACCUGAACCGUUUGUGGUGGACGGUGUACAUGCAGGAAAGACGUCUCGCUGCCGCGACUGGCAAUCCUUCGGGCAUUGUGGACGAUGUCAUUGAGGUCGACAUGCCUACCGACUCGCCGGGCUUUCCGCCCGCUCUCCCUCUCAGGACCAACAUCAAGAUUGCAAAACUUACAGGAAGAAUUCUAUCAACAAUCUACGGACCAGGCACACAUCCCGAAGAGACAUUCGUCCCCAAUGUUCAAGACAUUGUGCAGUCGCUUUACUGGAUAGCGAAGGAGAUUCCCGGAGAGCUCUCGCCGAACUUGUCUGGCGUGCAAUCAAUGGAAGGGGACGUGUCGCUGAGAACGUCUGCAUACCUCCAUAUGAUGCUUUACCAAGUGGGUCAAGUGUAA